UGGGUUGGUGGCCACAUUGGGUUGGAACGUCUCAGAGAUGCAGCUGUCAUUGACUCAAGCAUGCUCCUGGGCACUCCUGCUGGUAGUGUCAAGCUUUCUCCUCUGGCAGAAUGUGGCCUCCACCUCAAUGGAUCAGAUGUCCACAACAGACUUGUACAAUCUUCUUGUCCGCAAAUCCUCAGACAACCGUAAUCGUGUCUCAUUACUAUACCGUGAGUAUGGGCAAACAUAUGCCAACCGAAGUUGGUACAGGGAAGACCACCCUUGCCACACUGGUGCCCUCCUUACAUCAGAGAUCAAACAGCGUCUCCAGUACACAAAAGAUGAUGAUGUUCUGCAAGAGAUGAUAUUUGUUACAAAUUGCUGGAAAAUCCUCCUGAAACAGGCAGUGUUGGCAGUGGCUCAUCUUCCAGGACGCACUGUUACUUUGCUGAUGAGAGCCAGUGCAGCACAGGACACAAAUGAAGUAAUUCUGGAGGCCUUGAGGACCAUUUCCAAAAAGCUUCAGCUUGAAGAAGAAAAGACUGUCAAUGCUUCCUGGAUGGAACUGUCAGAACUGAAGUCUCCUAAUGAAAUAACUCGGCGCUUAACACUUUUUAAUGUGCUGCGCUGCCUGUACAGGGACACACGUAACUUCAACACUUAUAUCCAGGUCCUCACGCAAAGAUCUCGAUGCCUACAUUCACAGUUAUACGUCAGCUACUGAGAUGACCCUGGAUUAUCCAGCUCCUCACAACGUCCUUUAGAUUUAUCUUCUGGAGUGGUAUAUGCGUAUUAUGGAUUUCUUUUUAAAAAAUAAAAACUGAGUUUUCAAAAGGACCAAUUAAAAAUAAAAA